UCGGGCCUAAGAUUGCUACCACAUGGACAUAAUCAGCGGCUUGCUUUUUUUAAAUGAGUGGACUAAAAGCAGUGAGCAAGACAGUCACAUGAGGAACAUUUAGGAUCCUGUUGACACCCACAGAAGUAUCAGUUGUAUUAUGUAAUAAUUUAUUAGGAUGCAGAGAUGUAUCAAGCCGCAUGGUACAUUUACACCACAACACAGAAGAGAUACAUACAAGGCGACAGUUCAGUGGUAUGUGCUAUACACAGAUGUUGCUGUAAUAUUCAUGCCAGACCAGUAGUUGGCGAUGUUACAUUGUAAGGGCAGCACUGCGCGUGCGCACCAAGGCUUGACUCGCUUACAGCAAACAUCCUUCGUUGGCACCUCUGUGAUAUGUUAAUGAAAACUUUGAAAUUAAUGGAUGGCAUUGUGUCUCAGGGCUCUUUGGAUUACUGAUAUCAAUCUCAGACAUCUGUCAUGAUUGGGUUGCCAGCAACAGCAUCACACUGCAAGAAGCUCAAGGGAACGGAAUGCCCUCAGGAGUGCUGUAUGCGGGAGUGAGGAUGUCAGUCAUUGCUGGCCGCACCAUGGAUUGGUCAUUGCAGUCACCAGUCCUCAUGCUGACAUGUCAAUCAUUACACAUGCAGCGAUUACCCUCAGAACGUUGCAGCUCAUAAGAGGAGGAGGAGGAGGAGGAGGACGGCGAUGAAUGACUUCUUCUGGGCAGGGGUCGACAACCUUCAGCAUCAAAAAAGCCAUUUAGGCCCAUUUCCACUAAAUAAAACCCACUUGGAGCCACAAAUCCUGUUUGACCACAGAAAUGAAGGUAACGCUAUGUAUAUUGUUUCCUUAAACGAAUUGUCACGUUCAUUUUCUGUCUUCCUGUGCCUCCUGGCGGAGUGACCAGCCACACCUGUUGCCACUUUGCAAUAGGUCAUGUUUCAUAAGAUCACCCUUUUCAGCAGUUGGGUGAAAGUUAUUAUCUCCUGAGGCGUUGUGUCGGCACACAUCUCCUCCUCUGUCGUUGUUCUCAUUCAUUAAGUAUUUCCACUGUUCAAUUUUUUUGCUCCAUUUUAUCCACAGCUUUAUUUAUGCUGCUGCGAAACCAUCCUGCCUAGCGUGACGUACGCCUCCAAAAAAUUCUAACCUUGCAUUGCGGUGAUGCAGACCGUAAUGGCUGUAAUUGGUCAGCUUUUAGUACAUUAUUUCCUGUGUUGAUAUGACUUCUUCAGACGGCAAACCUUCCCGCCUUCGCAAAGGCCUUCUCCAUCCAUUUUGGAUCAAUAUUUGCAAUAAAAAUGUUGUAACACGUCGACACUGCAGGCGCUCAACCCCGAUGCAGAACUUUGAAAGGCUCAUGAUGGCGUCAGAAGGGACGUAGUGACUUCACAGAAGCAUAAACCAGAUGGGACCACAGCACAAGGCUAAAAGAGCCGUGGGUUGCAGACCCCUGGUCUAGGGCCUAACCGAUUACUCGAUUACUUCCACCUGUAUAGUACUUUUGUACCUUGAAGGUACACAAACUGCUUUGACACUGUUACCUCAUUCACCUACUGAUGAUGCAGUAUCAAGAGCAGCUGGGGGUUUAGUAUUAAGCCCAAGGAUACUGAGGAUUGAACCCACAACCAUCAAGUUAGGGUGCAAUGCCACCUCACAUGAGCCCUAAAUGAGUGACAACAUCAUGACCAGCGUCUGCAAUUGCUUGGGAGAAGUGUGUCUCGGGUGAUAAACGUUAAAUGUCACACACCUGUCUAGAGCUGCAACGAUUAAUCGAUGGUUAAUCGAUUACCCAAUUAAUCAACAACUAUUUGAGGAAUCAAUUAAUCGUUUUUUGAUUUAAAUAUGAAAAUAUCCUCUGAUUUCAGCUUCUGAAAUGUGAAUAUUUUUUUAAUUUCCGUAGUCAUCCCUGAAAGCAGACCUAUUAUCUGUGCGUUCUAGUCAAAACAAGAUAUUCACACAUAUCAGCAUUAACUUUGGAAAACAGUGAUGGCCAUUUUUGCUUCUCUUCUGUUUUGUCGCGGACCCAGCCACGAACGGUAGGUGUUUGCUUCACAUGAAUGUGGUCCAUCAAUGGCCUAACCGAUUACUCCAUUAAUUGAAACAACAAGAUUCAGAUUAAUUGCCUAAAAGAAAUGAUACAUUGAUUGUAUUUUUGUAUACAUUUAUUUUUUACUGAAGUUAUUUGACAAACAUUAAAAUGUUUUAUUAUAUAACAUUAUUUUAACAGAAUAUUCAAGUGGCAACCUGGUGCACUUAUUUGCUUUGUCAGUUCAGGCGUGUACAGUAACUGUGGUAUAUUAGGCCUAGAUGGCAGUCGACCAAAAGCUGCUACUUUUAUCUUCUUAAAAUUACGAUUUGAGAUGGACAUUUUUAGCUGGUUGGUUGCUAGAUUUCGCACUAUUGUCACAAGUGAUGUAAUAUAGUGCAGGAGCCAGCAAAGACUUACAAUACUGGUGAGAAACCUUACGGCGCCAUAUGUGCCAACCAGUGGAAGAAUUUCAAGUUUGCUGAGUUUUCAAGUUUGCUCAAAGCUCUUUUUCUCCCCCCCCAAAUUUCCUUCAUGUGUCCAAGUCUCUACUUUAGGUUGCCCGCUGCUGCCAUCUCUUCAUCCCACGCACUAACAUGCACACACAAGGCCACAGCAGCUAUCAUAACAGUGCUCAGAUUACAUCGCGCAUGUGGGUGCGUGACUUCAUUCUUUGCCCAGAAGCCCAUUUCCCUCACUGGGACUUCCUGGACAGUAUAGAAUAACAGCAGUCAUCUUUGACGUUCUUCAGCAGUACUGAUAUGACACGGGCAAACUACAUCUGACAUUACAGUGCAGUCCAUGAAUGCAAAAGGAAAAGAAGUGGUUGCUCCGUGUAUGGUUUGGACACGAUGAAAGACUGAACCAAGUGAAACAUGCAAACAUCAAAGACACGCUUCUGCCUCGGCGCUCGCCUUUUUAGCGGAACCUGAAACAUGUUUGGACCAGAUUUCAGAAACAUAAGGAGUUUGGAAUGGGAUCAGGAGAAUAAUAAAGUGAGCCGUGAAGGCCACAUAAAGCCGCCGUUGGCCUUGUUGGAGUAAAUGAAUGCCCAUCAAAUGAAUUUGCACAAGGCUGACUCACGUAAACAAGACAAUAAGGACUUACAAGAAUCCAGACAGGAGACGAUGUCGUCAUCACAAUACCUGACCAGCAGCUGGCUGUGGCAGCUUCUCGUCGUGUUUCUGAAGCUCUGCCUUACUUUUGCUGGUCCACUGCGGCCACUCAACGGGACCGAAUGCACAGCCAAAGGCCCUGCUUCUUACAUUGUGGUAUUUACGGGUCACUGGAGCCCACAGGCCUUCCCGAAGCAGUAUCCACUGUUCCGGCCCCCUGCACAGUGGUCAAAACUCAUAGCGGUGAGCCAUAAUCGACAUUUUCGGCUCUGGGAGGAGGGUUCUCCGGCCGGUGCAGGGGUGCAGAACUUUGCUGAACUUGGAGUGACGGUGGAGCUGAUGAAGGCGGCCAAGGACGCUAGGAGGAGACGCUCAGUCGGCGCCAUGUACCGGACGGCCGGCAUCCCUAACGGAAUUGGGCACAGCUCCACAGAGCUGCUCAUGCAGCCCAGGAGCUCACUGCUGUCUCUGCUGGUGAAGAUGAUCCCCAGCCCGGAUUGGUUUGUUGGUGUGGACAGCCUUGACCUCUGCGAGGGUAAUCAUUGGAAACAGGAUGUGACCAUCGACCUCCAACCUUACGACGCCGGGACGGACAGCGGGUUCACCUUCUCCUCCCCCAACUUUCCCACCAGCCCCCGGGAAAAUAUUACAAAGAUCACCUCUCAGAUGCCAAACCACCCGGCCAACUCCUUCUACUAUCCACGCUUAAAGGAACUUCCACCCAUUGCCAGCAUAAAGAUCAUGCGGCAGAGCAGAUCCCUUCAUCGCCAAGUCCCCAUGUCCAAUCAUAUCUUCCCAAACUCCAUCAGUCCUCGGAGAUUCUCAGUGACACCCCUAGACUGUGAAGUGUCUCUCUGGUCAUCCUGGGGCUUAUGUCUGGGCCCCUGCUCCAAAGGCGGCGUCCGCCAUCGCACACGCUACAUCCUCCUACGACCGGCCAACGCUGGCGUGCCCUGUCCUGAGCUGGAAGAACAGGCUGAGUGCAUACCACACAGCUGCAUGAAGCUCCAGUAACCCACAGAGCACAGGUGCUGCCAGUAUUCAACACUGGGACUCAUUAUUACUGCUGGACUGAGAAACCGUACUGUGUUAUUUCUCUGUAAUGCAAUGGAUUUCUCUCCCUGUCAAGACUGCAUUCAUUAUUUUUUUGUGUUUAUUAUCUCCUUCGAUGAGUGUAGCGGAGUAUUGGACCAAUGUUGCUUUACAUGGCAAGAGAGAUGCUCUUGCAGUCGUCAUAACAUACAGUGUGCUCGGCAACCUUUCAAAAACAACCUCACACACCCCACACCCAAAUUGCCGAAAAGGCUUGAAACAUUUAGCUCAGCUAAACUGUAAGCUGGGCUAUUUUUAUAGCAAGAUGCUUUUGUUUUUGUUUUUUUACAGAAAGAAAGAAUAUUUGUGUUUUGAUCUAUUUUGUUAUUUUAAUGUGGAAGUUUUUGUAUAUACUAUAUUGUAUUACUCAUGAAUAAAUGUGGAGUGUUUUUCAGGUAGGACAUUUCUGUGUGGUUUUCAGCAUCAUUAUACAAAGCUAAACGUUUUCUUUGGGACAGACAACAUUCUGGAUCUGCACUAUUGACACUUUACUUGUAUCCAGCCAUAGAAGUUGCAGUGUAUGUGCAAAAUUAACACAACUUGCAUGUAUGUAUCAAUGCCAGCCGCUAUUAUGGGGGAUUAUCUGAUCAUAUCACAAGGAAAUAAAUCAAUUAAGUCAAUUAUUUAUUCUUUGUUGACCCCAAAGGGCAAGCUGACUUCCCUCUCUCUGCUGCAAAUAGAUGUUUUUGGGUUUGUAGCGCCCCACAGUGGUCACUAAUGGUACUGCACUUAGAACAAACCCCACCUGAAAUCAUGAAGUCAUAUCUCAUUGUGUCACAGUCGUCACAUCAUAUAUUUUUCAUAAAAAUGCGUGUAUACGUAAAUCAAUCAAUUUCUGGUGUAUUUGCAGGCAAUUGACUGGCAAAAAUGGCCUUUUAAAGCCACAUGAGAGGGUCAGAUGAUUAGACACACCUCAGGAUGAUGCAGUAAAAACGGACAAAAGUUGUGCAUGUUUAUAGUAAGACCUUUGCAGUGUUUCUUAAACUAGCUCGUAUUAGAGCAUUGCUUGAGUGCUUUACUUAAACCUGCUACAUCAUUUUACUCGACAUACUGAUAGGCUAUACAAGCUUUUCGUGUUGUGAGGGAGUACUGACGUUUUGAGGUCAUAUCUGUCCUCUCGUUGAAAAAAUAUUGCUUGGCAUUCUGCAUGCUACAUACUUUUUGCUCUGUUUUUCAAUUUCUACAAUGUGCUGAGGGCAGCAAAUGGCCCCCGGCCCGCAUUUUGGAGACCUCUGCUGUAUUUUAUCGGGGAGCCGUGUGCGUAAUUUAUCUGUGGUGCAUUUAAGGAACAGUUCUCUAUAACCGACAUAUCCGAACUGCCCUUUUUGCCGUGUGGUUGGUGAAUAACCUUUGCUCUAAUUAUGAUGCCCUAGUGAUAUAAUC